UCUCUGCACCUCUCCCUGCAUUCUUGGCCUGCACAUUUCCAUUGCUCGCUUCCUCCUCAGCCAAGAGCUCAAGAUCCACAAAAAGGCAAACAACGUAACCGAUCAAAACUUUUUGGCACAAUUUUUUUUCGUUUUCCCCACAAUCCAAGAACAAGAGCGCGGAACACGGCUGACGCCACUGCCAUGCGCAUCGCAUCGCCUCGCCUCGCUGCUCGACCUUGACGCGCGCCGCCUAGCCCAGCGUUCCCGGCCGGCGACGACGACGACGAUGCCGCCCAAGCAGGAUGACGGGCAGGGGCAGGCGCCGCCGGGCGGCAGCCUGUGCUUGUGGAUGGUGACGGUGCUGCUCCUCCUCUCCCUGCUCGCCGGCGGCGGGUGCCUCGCCGGCUACAUCCUGCUGCCGCCGCACGAGGCGCCGGCGUGGCUCCCCGCCGUCGGCCUGGCGCUCGUCGCGCUCCCGUGGGCGUUCUGGAUCCUCACGUGCGCCUACCGGUGCGUCGCCGCCCAGGUCGCCGAGCGCAGAAUGAUGGCCGUCGCGCCGGUGGCCUCCGCCAGCAUGCGCUCGCGCUCCGGCUCAUGAGCACUAACCUUGUUAUUAGGAUCACUGAAGAUGCAAACGAUGUAUGUGAGGGGACAGAGGGAUUAAAUUUCGUCAGUUCAGUCUACAAAUUUGAUGAAAAGUGCCAAGAAUCAGGAAUUUAUUGGAGAUGAAGAAUCUGGAAACGAUGUAUAUAUUUUUUUUUCGAUGAGCUCCUUGCCAACAUUUCUUUCUCCGUGUAAAUUUUUAAUGUGAGCUGGUGGAAAUGGGGCCAGAGCUGUUGAGUUGGAACAAGAAUGGACUAAGAGUGUGUUAUGUGUAAAAAUACAAUAGGUAUCAAACGAUUAAUUGACAGAA